UUCCAAGUAGAAGUUUAUUUAAAAAUCACAAUUUUAUGGUUUAUUUGAUACCCGUAAACAUUGACUGGUUUACACGAUCCAUACGCUGCAAAAAGCGUCAUUUUAUAAACUGGUUUGUGCCAGGAAACGUAUUUUCUUGUGUUUACAGUUGAGCAAAAAGCGUCGCAGAUAUAUAAAGUUUAAAACAAGACUCGACCUUUUCUCUAGUUCAGGUAGUGUACCGUCAAUGAAGAUCAAAGAUCAGCCCGGCCUGCACGUCACGCUAUUAUUUGUAUUUUGCUCAAGGAAGAAUAUUCUACUGUUUUUUGUAUCAUGAGCCAGUUUCAUUAUUUCCGUUUACGAAGGAGGAAUACAUAGGGAAAUACAUUGAAAAAGCCAUGUACCAUGUCAGGACCUAAGCAGAAGUCGCAGUAUGAUUGUAAGACAAUUGAAUGGACCCUGCAACUUACUCUAACUGGCAUUGUGGAUUCUACGAACACGUUCUCCUAGAUCAGUCUCAGCCCAAUACAACCCAGGAAAUCAAGCAGAAUAAAAUGAAAGAAAAAAGGCCCAUUAAAGUAUACAUACGUGUUCGCCCAUUCAAUGAAGAAGAAAAAGAGAGAAACGAAGCAAGUGCAUUGGAAAUUUACAAAGAGGAGUCAAGGAUAAAAGUUCUCGACGAAAGACAUUCACUUGAAACGAGCUACUUUUUUGAUGGAGUGUUUGGUGAAGAUGAUGAUAACAAAAGAGUCUAUAGCAUAACUGCCAAGCCUCUCAUUAGCAAGUUGCUCAAUGGAAUCAACUGUGCUCUCCUAACAUACGGACAAACUGGGACAGGUAAAACCCACACAGUGUUGGCUGAAGGAAGUGUGACAAAUUAUACAAUAGAUAAUCUUUUCGAGCGAAUCAAUCAAGAUGUGGCACAUAUGUAUAAAAUCAAUUGCUCAUUUGUGCAAGUUUAUCAGGACAAAGUUUACGACCUGUUGAAUCCAGAAUGCAAGGAUGAGCUGUUUGUUCGUGAACAUCCAAAGAAAGGAAUUUACGUGGCCAAUUUGAGCCAUCACUCAGUCAACAGCGCUGAAAAUGCUUUAGACUUACUAAACCAAGGAAGAAAGGAACUUAUAAUCGCUGAGACGAAAAUGGUUCGUCAGUCUAGCAGAUCGCACGCCAUUUUUCAACUGAGCAUUGAGAGGCGGCUUGAUCCUAAAGGAUGCAAGACAAGAUCAUCUAGUCCUGCAAAGGAUGAUGAAUCCACGCAGUCAAGCCAGUCAGAUAUGAAUGCAUCAUGUGACUAUGAGGAUGGUGAUAUGACAGCAAUGAUGUUAGAGGAAGACAUGAUACUGCGAGGGAAAAUUGACAUAUGUGACCUUGCUGGUAGUGAAAGACUUGGCAAGACAAUGGCUGAAGGUGUCCGUUUAUCAGAAGCAAAGCACAUAAACUCCUCUCUUCUUGAACUUGGAAAUGUUAUAUAUGCCUUAUCCGAGGGCACAAGGAGGCAUAUACCGUUCCGCAACUCUACUUUAACAAGGUUAUUGCAAGAGUGCCUUGGGCCUCAAUGCAGGACAAGUUUCAUUGUUUGCGUCGCUCCAACUGCUAGUGAAGCAUACGAAACAAGGUGCAGUUUGAAUUUUGGCACAAGGGCAAGGAAAAUCACAAACAAAGAAAGGCUUAUAUUGAACGUUGAGGUUGAUUACAAAAUUCUUGCAAAGAGGCUUGCCAGAAGAAUUGAAUGCCUUGAAGAACAGUUAGACCAGUCUGGAUUUUCCCAUGCAGUUUUACUCAACAAAACAGAAACAGAAGCUCCAAUUUCUGUGCAAACUCAGACAGAGAUUGCUCUCGCUGAACUUCAAAAUUCACAGCAACUAUCCAAUAACGAUGCUAUCAUCAGCACUUCAAAAUUCCCUCAAUUGGAAAUUCUUAUCAUUUCCGAGAUAAUGGCUACCCUUGCCAACAGCACAAGAAAUGUAUCUGCAGGCGAGAACACAGAUCUUCUUUACGAGAAGAUAUCAAAACUUCUGCAUGAACUGAUGGAUGCUGUAUCAAUGCAGCAUGAGAAUUAUUCCCUAACUGAGGACCAUUGGGCAGAAGCUGAUCUGAAGCAUAUCCUUAAGGAUACGAUGGAUGAUCUCGAUUUGCUUCAGGAAUCGAUUAUCGUUGAUAGUGACACAUCUUUCCAAGCAAAUGACACUAUGAAAUAUACAGAAUACGUCUGCAAGCAGUUGGAAGAGCGCUGUCAAGCGAUGGAGGAGGAUAUGAACUACUGCCUCCAGAAAUUUCAAGGCCUUGUGAUAUUUGACGAAGGUGAAACUUUGCACAGAAAAAUGAAGAAACUCUUAGAAUUUUUGGACAACAACAGGGAUGGCGAAAUUGCCGAGGUUGUUAAUUAUGAAGCUGCUGGGUUUGACGUUGAAUUCAUUGCCUGGCUGAUAAGCGUACACAUGGCGCUGAGACUAGCUUUAGCUCUGCUUUCGUUGCCCAAAGCAAGCACCAAUGCGUCUGGUUUGAAAAUAGAUGAAAUUGUUGACAAACAGGAAGACAGUGAAAUGCAGCAAUUAAUGAAUGAUACAUUCGAGAGUAUCACAAGCAUUGAUAAUGAUUCUACCCUGGAUGACUUUGACAAAAGUUAUGAUAACUUCAACAGUUAUGGUGUUGGUGAGGACGUAUAUGCAAAAGCCUCGACACCAAAACGAGGCCAUUUCAUGCCUCUAAACAUACAAAACCAACUAUAUUGCGCGGGAAAAGGGAAGAUGACGAAACUCAUGCCAAAAGAGUCACAUUUUCAUCAAAUCUCGAGCUUAAGGAUGAACAGCAGAGGAAGCAGUCUCAUGGAACCAAAUAUGUGGCCGACCAAAGGAUGCCUGAAUGUUAGUCUCGCAUCAGAUUUAUCGGAAUUUGAUAGCAUUGAUGGCGGAACUGACGAAAUGGAUAUAACACACGAGCAGAAAAUGAAACACAGAAGACUAAUAGACAGUAAUGUCACCAAGCUGGAAGAGAAAUGCGAUCUGCUCGAAGAGAAGAAUUCAAAGCUGAUGCGCACUCUUAAUGUAAUUAUGAGAGAAAACAAAGAUGUGAACGAGAAGCUGCGAUUAAUGCAAGUGGAAAAACUUAAAACAACAAGGGAGAUUGAGGACUUUGAACACAAGCUAAGCAAGAUAAGGUCGGAUAAAGUAGCGCUAGAAUGCAGUACCAAUGAGAUGAAGAACGAGCAAAAACGAGCAGAGAAAGAAGCAAAGAGAUUUUCACUAGAGAAUAAGCAAAUACAGAUACAAAAUCAUGGGUUACAGCGUCAGAUAUCGAUGAAAGACGGAGAAAAUGAAUCCUUACGACAGCAGAUUGCCGAGUUGAAAACUGAGCUUGCAGCUUCAAAGGCAGACAUGGAAGAUUCAAGCAAAAAGAUCGAGGAGCUGGAAGGUAAAUGCAAAGAAGAUGAUCUUAGGAUAAAAGAGUUAAUAACAGACAGAGAUGGGCGGCUGACAGAAUUGAAAGCAAUGUAUGUGAAAUUGGAGAAAUCUUUAUCAGAAGGGGAUAGCGAAGAAUCACGAAAAGCUAAAGGUUUCGAAGUUGGAGAUGAUGAAGGAACCUUCGAAACAGAGCUCUUUGUAGCAAUAGAGAAUAAUAUCAGGAUCGAAGGCAUAAUCAAUGAAGUCAAGGUCAAGCUUUCAAAGUUGAUUGAUCCUGAAAAGAAGGAGGAAGAAGGAAAUGGAGAUGCAAAAAAGAAAGAAAGCGUAGUUAUUGUCGACCCAAGAAAUGUGACAAACAAGACAAUGAAAAAGAAGCUGCAACAAAAGAGUCGAGGUGGUGAGACCAAGGCCAGCGUCUUGCGAAGAGCAAAAUCCUUACGAAAUGAGAGUGCAAAAAAACCAGUUGUUGUAAACAAAAACAACGACAAUAUUGUUCCUCGCGGAGGUAAAAUUAAAGAGCUUAUGAAUGAAAAGCUAAAGAUAGAGAAAAGUUAUAAGGAGCUUCUUUUGAAGAACGAAAAGGUAGAAGAGGAGUUGAAAACAACAAAGAGCCAAAUUGAGAUGCUGGUGAGUGAAUGUGGUGUGCUUGAUCACGAGCUGGCGAAAAUGAAGAAAAAUGGAGCAGUUAAUUUGGAAACAAAUUUCGAAUUGGAUGUGACAGGAGACGAAUCUAGAGGGUUCGAAGACUCACUGUUUUUGAGAACAAGAGAUAUCGACAAAUUGAGCGAGAAGCAUGAAGAGCUACGAAGAAGUUUAAACAAUUCUAGAAACAGAAUACAAGAGCUAGAAUCAGAGUUGGCAAUCAGUUUGGAUGAAAACGUAGCGACGAAAAGACAUGCGAGAGAUAUGGAGCGUAGGUAUGAAGAAGCGAAGUCAGAGGUUCAGCACUACCAGGGCCAAAACUACAGCCAAAAGAUAGAAAACACAAGACUGAGAGACCACGUGAUCCAGCUGACACAAGAGCUAAGCAGAGAGCAGCAAAGAGUGGAGCAACUGGCGAGUAAAGUUGGAAACAUGAAGGAGAGGAACGCGUUACAAGUUAGAAGAUUAGAAGGGGAGAUGCUUAAGUGUGUUAAGAAGCUAGAUCGAUACAGAGAAAGGGAAAGAGUGAGAAGACAAGAGCUCAAACAGAUGGAUAACAGUGGCAAGGAUUCCUCAGAAGCAGACAGUGGCAUGGUUCCAGAUCACAGCGAUGAGAAUGUAGAUCUAACAUAGAUCAGCUAACCUAAUGCUAUGACACUCUGGUAUGGAUAGUCAAUAGAAAGUUUCGAAUCAUGCUAUCCUAUCGUAUAAGCACAAGAGGGUAGAUUGCCUAGAGCUGGAUAGUUAAAAUUAAAAUAUUAAAUAUUGAAAUAGAUAGUCGACGAGUCUAUAUUUUAAUUUGAAAAUCAUGUUCAUUUGUGGACGUGGGCAAUUUUUUCUAUUUUUGUAGACCGGGUUAUUACUUUGUGUUGAUUUGAUGAUAAAUUUAUAAAGAUUGUUACUUUUAUAGUAGCUUUAAAAAGAAUUUCAUAUGUUAUUGCCAGACCUAGAGUUGAAGACGAAACCAAAAAUAAGGUCUUGGUGUAGUUUUUCUGCUAAUUUAUGCUCAUUAAUAGAUCAUGAUAGGAAAGUACUAAACCCCACAAGAACUUGAAUCCCAUUAACAAAAUGUAUAUCUUCCAAUCGUCAUUGAACUGAUACAAAAAAAACUGACAUUUUGAAAACCUUAAUACGAAAAAAUGUAAUAUGGAAAGGAUCCAUACCUAGGACCUGAAAAUUUCAUUUUAAGUAGGAGACAACCAUGGUAUCAAUUUAUGUCUCCUUGACCUAAACAGGAAUAGGGUGAUGCUUUCCUGGCAAAAAAACCAGAAGAAGUUGCUAUGGCAUGUCAAUUAUGUAGAUAAUUGUUGAAAAAGUUUUGAACAUUAAAAAUCAAUUCUUGAUUACUGAAGAAUUUCAAUUUUUAUUAUAAAAUUGACAAUUAUAAUCAAUUUAUAUGUACAUUAAAUUCGUAUUGAAAUAUGUUUGUUAUUAUAGCUUCAAUUUUAUUUUAUUUUCAUUAUCAAGAUGUUAAUUGAAAGCUUAAGCAUUGCAAAUUAUUAAUUAUAAAAAGAAUUUCGAAGGAAAUACUUAGCGAAAUAUUUGGAAUAGCUUUCUGCUAAUUUAUAAGCAACUUAUACUUAUGGAAGAAACGCCUGUUGAAAAGAAAUGUCUGUUUGAAAAGAUGGGCUAGAGUAAGAAAAAAAUGUAAUUUUGAAACCACUAUCCGAAAGUUGAUUGAUAGGUUUCUUUGCAAUAACCUUGAUGAAAAGUCUUGUAAAGCAUUUAGAUCAAAUUCAUACUUAUUUGAAAAGGUUUGUACUAAAUCUAGUUUUGUGGAUCAUGUUAAAG